AGUUGGACGUUAUUAGGAGGGGGUUGGGGGUGGCAGCUGAGGCUAAAAUCCCAAAAGAUCUAAAAAUCUAAUUCCAUAUCCGGUAUUGUUUGGUUUUAACAUAAAUUGCCCCUUAAUAAACCCAUUGAACAGUUCGCCUGAAAUCAACUAAUUUUAAAUAAUGGAUUCUGUAAUGCCAUUGAGAACCACUACGGCAACGGCGGCAACUGUAGCGGCGACGGUAAGACCCCGGUUCUCGAUUCAACCCCUUGCCAAUCCCAGACCCAACAAACCCGCAUUCUCCUUGUCAGUUCCGACAUCUAUUUCCAUGUCCCACCGAGCUCGCAAUCUGCCCCAAUGUUCACCCGUUCGAGCUCAACAGGACGGAUCAUCAGCGGUUUCAGAACCCACCAUUCCUGAAGGAGAUGCUCUUAAAAUCAAGGAGUGGGAAGCAGAAAGAUUCAAAGAUGAAAUUGCUACAAGUGAGGGUAUAAGAAUUAGAAGGAGGCCGCCAUCAGGACCUCCUUUGCACUACGUUGGCCCUUUUGAAUUUCGGCUGCAGAAUGAAGGCAAUACUCCACGUAACAUACUUGAAGAAAUUGUCUGGAACAAGGACAAGGAAGUCACACAGAUGAAAGAGAAGAAACCUCUUAUUGUAUUGAAAAAACUGCUUAGCAGUGCUCCGCCUACCAGAGAUUUUCUAGGAGCUCUGAAAGAAUCAUAUUCAAGAACUGGAUUGCCUGGUCUUAUUGCUGAAGUGAAGAAGGCUUCUCCAAGUAGAGGUGUUCUUCGUGAAGAUUUUAAUCCAGUUGAGAUCGCCAAAGCUUAUGAAAGAGGUGGAGCAGCUUGCCUUAUUGUUUUAACAGAUCAGAAAUAUUUUCAGGGAAGCUUUGAAAAUCUAGAGGCCAUAAGAAAUGCUGGAGUAGAGUGCCCUUUGUUGUGUAAAGAAUUCGUUAUAGAAGCUUGGCAACUCUACUAUGCUCGGGUUAAAGGUGCCGAUGCAGUUCUGUUAAUUGCUGCUGUUCUACCAGAUCUUGACAUCAAAUAUAUGAUUAAGAUCUGCAAAUUACUUGGAUUGACAGCACUAGUUGAGGUGCAUGAUGAGAGGGAAAUGGAUCGUGUCCUCGGAAUUGACGGGGUUGAGCUUAUUGGCAUCAAUAAUAGAGACCUUGGAACUUUCAAGGUGGACAUUAGCAAUACAAAAAAGCUUCUUGAAGGAGAGCGUGGAGAAAGGAUCCGUGAGAAGGGCAUAAUUGUGGUUGGGGAGUCUGGACUAUUUACUCCAGCUGAUAUUGCUUAUGUACAAGAAGCCGGUGUCAAAGCGGUUCUAGUUGGAGAGUCACUUGUAAAACAGCCAGAUCCUACUAAAGGAAUAAGUGAACUUUUUGGUAAAGACAUCUCCUGCUAAGAUCCAGCCAGUUGACUUGGUUACUGUUAUUUCCGGAGUUAAUCUUGUUGAGAUUCUUCACCUCAAUUUUGUAAUCUCUCACUAUUUUGUAUUGUUCGUCACCUGGUGGCACCUCUGUAAGAUGUAACAUAUAGGUAUCUCUCACCAUUUCCUACUUGCUUUUUUGAAGAUGUAACAUAUAGAUAGCAGUCUGAAUGGAAAUGCUCAUGUUUCAGGAUUCCUAUUUCCACACAUUUAUCUUUCUAUUUGAUUAUUUGAUAUUAUUACAUUUAGAAUUCAGAGUUUGAA